AUGCUUCCCAGACCAACCCAACAGCUAGCGCACCCGCUGCGCGCCCUCACAUUACGGCGAACCGCCCCGUCCACAAGCAUCCCACGCCUCUCCUCAUCGCGCCUCUCCUCGUCGCAACUGCAACCACAACCACAACCACAAUCCCAAGCACAACCGCGCGCGAAACCCCCGGGUCUGAAUGCAAGCGCGCCCCCUCCAAAACCAAACCCAGCAGCCUUCUGGAAGACGUUCGGCCGGCCGAUCGCCAAGGUCUUUCUAGGAGCCAUCUUCACGUACCAGCUGGCGUACUACUUCUGGGUGCGGCUGGAGCACGACGAGGUUAAGAGCGAUAUGCAAGCGACGAUAUCCGAUCUAGAGGCGCGGAUAGAAGAGCUCGAGAAGGGGCGCAAGCGGUGA